AUGGCACCUCCAGAGAAAAGGAUUAGAAAACCUAGGGAAAACCAAGAGAAAUAUGAAAGACCAAGUCAAAACAAUGUAAAAGAAUAUAAGAAGAGUAGAGACAAGAAACUUAAGGCAAAUUUAAAGAGAAUGGAUAGACAAUAUGCCCAAACUGUGUCAGAUGCAGCUGCCACUGAUUAUCUAUUGCCAGAAUCAUCUGGUUACAUGGAGACAGAAGAAGAGAUGGAAAAGACAUUCAGAGUUAAACAACAUGAGAUUGUGAAGGAUGUUGAUAUCUCAACUGCAAACAAAGCUCUAGAUCUAAAAUUAAAUGAAUUUGGGCCAUAUUAUAUUAACUACUCAAGAACAGGUACUCAUUUGCUAAUGUCAGGUCGUAAGGGACAUGUUGCUUCUAUGGAUUGGAGAAAAGGUGAACUACGUGCAGAACUAAAUUUAAAUGAAACCUGCCAUGCAGCUACAUACUUACAAAAUGAACAAUUUUUCGCUGUUGCACAAAAGAGAUACACAUUUAUAUAUGAUCAUGAAGGUGUGGAAUUACAUCGUUUGAAACGACAUGUUGAUGUUAGACAUUUAGAAUACUUACCAUAUCAUUUCUUACUGGCAACUGCUGGUGAGACUGGUUGGUUGAAAUACCAGGAUGUCUCUACAGGUGCGUUAGUUACGGAGACGAGAACUAAAUUGGGACCAACAACUGCAAUGACACAGAAUCCAUGGAAUGCUGUCAUGCAUCUUGGUCAUAGUAACGGUACUGUUACUUUAUGGUCUCCAUCUAUGCCUGACCCAUUGGCUAGAAUAUUGUCCGCUAGAGGACCUAUUAAUAGUAUAGCCAUUGAUAGAAGUGGUUAUUAUAUGGCUACUACAGGAAAAGAUAAAUCAUUAAAAAUAUGGGAUAUUAGAAAUUUCCAAGAAUUACAUAGUAUUGAAAACUUACCAACGCCAGGUACAAAUGUUUCUAUAUCGGACACAGGUGUUCUUGCGGUUGCAAGAGGACCGCAUUUAACGUUAUGGAAGGAUGCAUUAAAAAGAGGUAAGGCUGCUAAGCCAUGCUUCGGUUCCAUGGGUGGUAACCCAAAUAGAAACACACCAUAUAUGACCCAUUUAUUUGCAGGUAAUAAGAUUAAUAAUAUGACAUUUGUACCAUUUGAAGAUUUAUUAGGUGUUGGACAUGAAGGUGGUAUGACUAAUCUAAUUAUUCCAGGUGCAGGUGAAGCUAAUUAUGAUGCAUUAGAAAUCAAUCCAUAUGAAACUGCUAAACAAAGGCAAGAACAAGAAGUCAGAAGUUUGUUGGACAAAUUACCUGCUAAUACCAUUACAUUGGAUCCAAAUACUUUAGGUGCUGUUGAUAAGACAGCAUCUAAUACUAGAUUAUCUGCAAAGGAUUUGGCCAAUGUCACAAUUGGUACAGAGAAGAUAAAGAAGGAAAAUAUGGAUAUUCCAUCGGUGAAAGUUGAUGUUAAGGGGAAGAAUUCAGGUCUUCGUUCGUUCUUACGUAAGAAAACUCAAAAUGUUGUUGAUGAAAGAAAGGUAAGAGUACAAAAACAAUUAGAAAAAGAAAAGGCUCUUCGUUUGAGAAAGACUAAGAUACAUAACAAUGAGCUUUCAGAGGAUCACAAGGAUCUCGUUGAUGAAGCAUUAGGUAGAUUUUCAUAA